AUGAGCUACGCAGAAGCCAACCGCCGGUACUUCGAUGCCAUAUCCGACUCCUACGACAGCAAACCCUGGUUCAAAGUCGUCAACGACCGAGUCGCCACUACCCUCCGCUCUGACCUAUCCUGGGUAGGCAUACCCUUCACAGAUUCCACCACUCAACCAGUCCGCCUUCUAGACUACGCAUGCGGAACCGGCCUCAUGACCCGCGUCUUCGGACCCUACGUCACCUCCACCCAAGGCAUCGACAUAUCACCCAACAUGGUCUCCACCUACAACACGCGCGCCCGCGACGCCGGAAUUUCCGAAGAUGUAGUCAAUGCCGUUGUCGGCGACCUUUUCGACAAGUCUGAUCCAAAUCCUGAAGCUCUUUCCGGGGAGAGGUUUUGGGAUUUCGACAUCGCGACUAAGAUGAAUGCCUCGAUAGUGGUUCCGCACUUUACUAUCGAUGGCGUAAAGCAGUUCUUCACGGAAGCUGGGUUCGUGGAUGUGGAUGUCAUUACGAUGAAAGAGAAGAACUAUAUGGAGUUCGGUGGCAAGAAGCUGUGGCGCACGAUCCUGUUUGCUAGAGGACGCAGGCCGAUGGAAGCACAAGAUGGCUCGGGAAAGAGUGAACUAUGA